AUGGCCUCUAAGAAGGGAGGUAAAAAACCGGAUGGCGCAGAUGCAGAGGCGGCCAUCCUUCAGUGGUUCGAGUGUGAGGGAGAGCCGGCAACCGUGCAGUCGCUGACUGAUGCACUUGGCAGUAAAUAUGGGAAGACGCUGGUCCAGGCAGUGCUGGAGCAGUGCGUGAGCGAGCAGAAGCUUCAAGUCAAGGAUAUCAAAAAGGCCAGGAUCUACUUUCCCGCUCCUUCCGAGGCUUCUGAGAAUGGGAUGAGUCACUCCACCGUGGAUUCAGAAAAAACUGAACUUGUUCAACGACUUCAGCAAAAGACAAAAAAAGUUUCUGCCCUCUCUGCUGAAUUGGCUGCACUUCUUCAGAAACCCUCUGCGACGGAGAGAGCCGCCAGCAUCGCCGCGUUGUCUGCGGAGUGUGCGGCGACGAAGCAACGCCUGGAUGAUGUGAGAGAGGCAGCGGGCCAAGAUCGUGAUCGUGUGAGCGACGAAGACAUUUGCAUCCUUAUUCAACGGUACAACAGAGCCAGAGAAAUUUGGAGAGAGCGCAAGCGCAUGACAGAGCGUGUGAUCGAUGCCACUUUGGGAGAGAGCUGCGAUCCAAAGGACCUCGCGGAAUUCUUUGGUGUCACCACCGACCAACAGGCGAAUGUCUCGAUGGCCGAGACAGCCAUCGCACUACCUUUGACGAUGAAAGCCACACAUGUGUAA